UGCUGAGGCGUGCUGCACCUAGGGUUGCCAGAUUGGUUAGGAAAUAUUGCACAAUCUGGCAACGCUGAGGUACUACAGCGACGAAUAUCCACAGGAAAGUACUACGAUGUACACGGCAGGCCCCGAUACAGUAAUGCUCGGGUCUAGUAAUGCAUACUGAGCGUGUGGAAACCUUCUCUGACCGAGUUAGACGGCCCUUCAUGAUUUGCUGAUCAACCAUUACCAUUUUGCCAAAUGAAAAUGGAGGAGAAAUCCCUGUCAGGCCUGAACGACACCAAACUAGAGGCCUUAGUGGAUGAGAUCUACAGUGACCUGGUGGAAGACGCGUGUUUGGGCCUGUCCUUUGAAGUCCACCGUGCUGUGAAACAGGGGCACUUCUUCCUGGACGACACGGACCAAGAGAGCAUGAAGGAAUUCGAAAUCGUGGACCAGCCGGGGGUGGACGUAUUCGGUCAGGUGUACAACCAGUGGAAGAACAAGGAGUGCGAGUGUCCCAACUGCAAGCGGUGCAUCGCAGCCUCUCGCUUCGCGCCUCACCUGGAGAAGUGCCUGGGGAUGGGGCGGAACAGCAGCCGCAUCGCCAACCGCAGGCUAGCGAACAACAACAACUUGAACAAGUCAGAGAGCGAUCAGGAAGACAACGAUGACCUCAAUGACAACGAUUGGUCAUACGGGGCGGAGAAAAAAGCUAAGAAGAGAAAAGGUGAAAAGCUUCAGAAUUCCCCCAGAAGAUCCAAAUCGGUCAAACACAAAAAUGGUGAGCUCAGUGGCAGUACCAAUGCAGAGCCCUACAAGUACAGCUACAGUGUGGGUAUUAACUACGAAACACUGGGUCCCCAGGAACUGCGCUCUCUGUUGACAACGCAAUGCGGGGUGAUUUCCGAGCACACCAAAAAGAUGUGCACCAGGUCCCAGCGGUGCCCCCAGCACACGGACCAGCAGAGGAGGACAGUCCGGGUGUUCCUCUUGGGGCCCUCAGGGUUACCGUCGCUGGCCAGCGUGGAUGCGGUUGCCGGGGGUAACGGCUACGACGUGGCGGGCGGCCAGGCCCUGAUGAGUCGCCUGCAGUGGGAGGACUCGUCGGAGAACUCCGUGUCGUCCAACUCGAGUGGUCCCAACCCGACAGACCCCCGGAGGCCGAAGAAGAAGCGUCCGUCCUCCACGGCCUACGGCGGCGGCGGCGGCGGCGCCAUGGGGGACCCGGCGGCCCAGCGGGGGGGGAGCGGCACCUCUCAGGGUAACCUCGGCUUCUCCAACAAAAACAAGAGGCCGAAGCAGCUGCCGACCGCCUCCAUGGCCUCCCUGUACGACGAGUUCAACUAGACUCUGGGGCCCCAGCGCGUACCCCGGCCUUCUCUUCGUAACAAACGGGAACAUGGAGGGAAAGGCCACUCUAAAAUAAGUAGACUUUUUUCAACUCAAAAAUAACAAGGACUCUAGAGGUGAAGUGUGGUGCCCUUACAAAAGAGAAGCCCCUUGUGUUCAUCGUUGUGCGCAUUUCUUAUUUUAUUUUAUUUUAGUAUUGUUUUUUUACUACAGCAAUGCGGCCCUUCAUAAUGGAGAAGUAAACAGUGGCUGCGGGCGGGGUUAAUUUGAAUUAUAUCAUGUUUUUUUGUAGGCGUUUGUCCUUGGAUAGGUCUUGCUGGUGUGCAAUGUAGGAUCAGGACUAGUUCUCAGUGUGGAACGGAUUUAUACAUUUGUGUGGCAUUUUGAAGGCGUUGAAAUUUAGCUUGAAUGGACUAACAUGUUUUACUCACACAACGUGUGCAUUGUGCUUCUAUAACUGCAUGGGUGAAAACGCAGAUUUUGCUUUACUGUUAUUGAGGCUUUCUCUUUUCUUUGCUGUGACGUUAAAUUAAGUGCGUGUGUUGUGUAGAUAUCGUAGGUGUUCAGGGAUUGGUGAGACGUCUGAACACUUAGAAAUAUCAUGAUAAUAAUCUGGAUCUUGAUAACGUUUGAGGAAAUCUUUUGUGUUCAAUCUGAUGGCGAAACAUGUGAACUUCCAUCCAGGAAAGGAUUGUUGCCGUCCAUCAGACCAGGUUUGCGCUCAGCUCUGUACGAGGAAGGCUGUCAUAUUUAAAAGCUUGAUCUCUCUCAUGUAUAUUUAUUUGAAUGGUGGCGAUCUCCUUUCUAGGGAAGUGCUUAAGGGCCACAUUUGAUUAUUUUUCGAGUUCUGAAUUUAAUCUCAAAUUUCCAAUCCAGAAUUCUGAGUCAGAUUCUGCCCUUAUGCCCUCCCAAACCCUUCAAUCAAUGGAAAAAGCAGAGAUUUUAUAUCAUACUUAACCUCCACCAGCGCGGAUUUGUUCUGCGUCAAGGCAAGGCAUGCACGUUGCGAGCACAUAGCUGUCAUUUGUAUACAGCAUCAGGACACUUUCAUUUCCUUUCGGCAGAUUGUUUGAUAGGAUGUUUAAAAUGUCCUGUUAAAACUAUGCAACAUGAUUUAACUUCCCUGUGGUAAACCACAAGGAUAACAGUUUGCAGCAGAACAGAGUAGGUAGAACUAGUUAUUUGGUCUCCGAAACCUACGUUACACUCAAUAGAGCAGGGAUUGUAGCCUGUAUGAAACUACCAUUCUGAGAGUGGUUCUCAGCUUCAAGUAGCAGACUCAUAUUUUACAAUUUCCCGUUUUAUAACUUGUUUAGUCAAAACUGAACAAAUGUUAGCUAACGCUUUUGGUUAUCCCAACAGAAUGUUUAACCUACAAUGUACAAUUUUCUCAUUUGUGAUGAUCAGUUGUUAGCUUUGUCUUGUUUGUACCUGACAAUUACUACAAUGCUCUAAUAUACGGAGGGCUUGAUUCAGGAGUUUAAGGUUUGAUGUUUGAUCAGUACACCAACACAAAUCAUACAACACAAUGAACCCACCAGUGACCAAGCUAGUUCAAAAUGAUUUAUUCUGAAUAGUCAAGUCACAGCAGUCCAACUGAGGACACAAGAGACAACCUCUGAUGUAUUGCUAAAGCCCUAAAUAUUCAAGUUCAGGAUGCAAAGUCACCUAAAUCUUUUAUUUACAGUAUUUACACAACAUUUUUGAUAUUGUCUAUUUUGGUGUUAAUAUUCUAGUUUCAUAAGUACUCGUGUAGAGUGAUUCAAGCAAAACAAACACGAUAAGAAAACCAAAGCCUUGCACAAAAUAAGUCAUUACUGCCAAAUAACUGGUUUUUCGGAAACGGUUCUGAAAAUAAACAAAACUUAAAUUCAACACAGCUCAAAAAUAUCCAGCCCAAGUCAAACAUUGGUCACUUAUCCAGUUUAGCAUAAUCAUGUUGAACAAAAAAUAGAAAAAGUGAAGUUCACGUGGUGAGAUUAAAAUAUGAGAAACAUGGAGCGAUAUGACCUCCUAAUGGUGAAUGAGUAUUGAAACUAACUCCAACGAACCAGACACUUAAACAAGCAGGACAUGUAACUUCAUAACAUUACGCUGAAAAACCCAGGUCCGUUUAUCGUUGACGCACACACUGCAUAUGACGAUCUUGAACUGUACAUUUUCCCCAACUUAUGAAUGCACACACACACACACACACUUCCAGUCUUCUAGGUAGCAUCUACACCGACGCCCUGAUUGGUCCGUGUCCUUUACACGUUUACGCCCACACCGACAGUAAACGGACCAAUCAGGGCUCUCCCUCCAUGGUUAACGACGGGCCCAGAGGCCCCGCCCCCUUCAGCGGCCGUGCAUGCCGAAGACGAGGAAGCUGAAGAACACCGUCACCCCGACCAGGGAGAUGGU